GUUACUCAGAUGACUCCUAGAUGCUGAGACACGUUGGUUGAUUGACAUAAUUUAGGGAACAACCACUCAUCAGGCCACAACCACAGGAAGCAGAAAUAACUGUUGGUGUUGAGUGGUUCAAAGCCACCAGGACUUGAGCACCUGUCAGUCAUAAAGGAGUUGAAAGUACUUGUUAAUUAUAUAUGUCACAAUUGAUUAAAGCGAAUCAGCUGUUAACCACACACAGAAUGACACUGUAGUCUUUAUGAGAUUUGGAGAGGCUCAUUUCUGAGCCUCUCUGUAAUCUGAUCCAGUUUUUGACUCAGAAUCAUAUGGGUGGUGCUUGACUUUUUCCAUUCAGCACAGAAAGUGAAGUGAUCUGUUGUGAUAAAAUAUUAACUAAAUUUGUAUGACUUUUUGACUGCUGUUAAGUGCAGAACAUUUAUCAGAUAAGCACCAUUUUCCUGAGCCUUCUGUGACUAAAUAUUUUAUCUUACUGCCACCAUUGUGUAAAAUCUUUGACUAGAAAAUGAAUACUGGAUAUUAGUUAAACCCAUUCAUAGGCUGCAACAGAAUGUCAUCUUAGUGUUCAUACAUUAAAGUUUGUUCAACAGCCUUUGCAUAAUCCAGAAGAAUUUAAUAACCGUUGAGGUUAAUUUUGUCAAUGAAGUAAAGGGAAAAGAAAAUGUUUGAAGUUUAAAUUAUGCAGAUAGCUAAAUUCUUAAUCCUAAAAUUUAAAUCCCUUAAUUCUGUCUGUGCUGUCGUACUGAGGCAUUUUAAUAAUCAUGAAACGGAGCAGGUCUUUACUCAGAUUAUUUACAAACAAAUUUUCCUACAUUUGUUGUGAGCAAAGUACCAUAAGCAGUUUUUAUUGCACAUAAUAUUUAAUUUCCAGAAUCGUCUGUCCAUACUUCUGUCGACAUCAUAAGAGCUUAGUAACUGCAAAACAAACUAACUAAAUUAUAAAAGUUACACUUGUCUUUUGCUUCUUUUAUUUUGGCUGAAUUUUAAUAUUUUUCUUUCUUUUUUAUCAAAAGUUCUAAUGAAAAUUGGGAAAGUGGAGACAUAUAUGUUAUUUUGACUAUCCUUUAUCUGUAGUGAUGGAAUAUACUGAUCUUUAGUCUGUAAACAACAACUUUGAAAAAUUUGUGAUUUAAAAAAAAUGUAGAUAGAAGAGAUGCCAGAAUUUUUAAAAAUUAUAGUUAGAUAAAUGAAGAAGUAUGAAAUUGAGGAUUCAUUCACAGAUGUCAUAGUGUGAGCUUGAAAGAACAUUGAGAUGAGUGUGUUGUUGAGUUUCUUACAACCAGAGCACACACUUUGGAAAUUGUUGUUAGAUUUAACAGUUACUCAGAUGACGCCUAGAUGCUGAGACACAUUGGUUGAUUGACAUAGUUUAGGGAACAACCAUUUAUCAGGAACGUCUGAUUUAUAGACUAGCAGUCACCAUCAGCAGGACCAGACGGUGCAUGGGAAGGUGCCUGGGCCAAUCUCAGUCCUGGGUGGAUUCAGCAGGGCCCUUCCUGCUGCCCAGAAAAGCCUGGUCCCUGUGGGGUCAAGUGUGCACGUGUGGAUGCACGAGAGUGAAUAUGCCCACCAUCACUUAAUGCCCUGUGUUGCCUGAAACUGACAGUGUUCUUCCUGUUUUGUGGUUUCAUUUUUAUUUUAAAUGCUCUUAGUAAAUGUCAAUACCAAAUUGAGAUGACUUAAGAGCUGGGAGAGACUUGCUACAGAGAAAGGGAAGACAGGAGGAGAUCGGUUGGCAAAGCCAGCACCUUGAAAGCCUGGACUGGAGAAAUCUUCAGGAAAUGGUAGAAAACUGGAGACAAGGAGAGUCCUAGCUAACAGUUAAAUAUGACAUUCCAUCUAAGGAGAUGCCCUUGACUUACUUCAGGGAUUUUGGGUGGAGGGGUGCUAGCGAAUGGUCUAAGCUUUGGUUUUGUUUCUCCCCAUCUCAAGAGAUGGCAGCGUAAUUUCUCUCUCAGAAAUGUAGAACUUCCCUGCAGCCUGAUGUCCGUGCAUCGUCAGUAGUAAACAGCACAUCUGAAGUAGUUCCACUGCGAGGAGCACUGGGAGUCUCCGGAGCAGAGUGCCCCGUGGGCCAUGCACCCCCAGGAGCUGAUGACAUCUGAGACGUACCUGGGUCUUGCCCCUCAGAACAAGCCAGAAUUGCAAAAAGUGAUGGAAAAGAGAAAACGAGAUCAAGUAAUAAAGCAGAAAGAAGAAGAAGCACAAAAGAAGAAAUCUGACUUGGAAAUAGAACUAUUAAAACGGCAGCAGAAGCUGGAGCAGCUUGAACUUGAGAAACAGAAAUUGCAAGAAGAACAAGAAAAUGCCCCAGAGUUUGUGAAGGUUAAAGGCAAUCUCAGGAGAACAGGCCAAGAAGUGGCCCAAGCGCAGGAGUCGUAGGCCCCGGUGACAGAGACCGCGUGCCCAGCCCACCACGCAGGGAAGCUGUGAGCAGGCGCCUCCUCAACCAACGCUUAAUCUCAGGGCCAAAGCCCCUGGAGAGAACCCCAGCCAGCAGAGAAUUGUUACUUUAAAAAGGAUUUGGUUUUGGUUUUCCUACAAUCUGGGUGGAUAAAUGAUCUGUGACAGUUGCAAUUCCUAUUCGCCAAACGAAGGACGUUGACCAGCACUUAAGUUGGGAUAAGUUGAACCUGUGUUCAAAGACUUUAAAAAAAACAAAAACAAAAACAAACAAACAAAAAAACCCCACAACAGCAAAAAAGAGGACACUGGAAUAAAUUCUAGAGAGUUGCACUACUUGGUUUUUCUUCCAGUCCAAGUUUAAUGGGGCACAGAGCCUUUUUUCUUCUAAAAUCUAAAGAAAAUGUGUUUUGGUUCUUCCUUUAGUUAUCUGUUAGAUAAUUUAGAUCACAUAGGAUGAUGUUUGACCUGUUACAUCCAAUAUUUGUGAAGUCCUUUUUGAGAAUCUAGAAUUUUCUUGUUUCAUUUUACUUUCACCUGUGUUAUAUCGACACCCAAGAGCGUUAAUGUUGAACACAGCUGUUACCUUUUUUGACAUUAAGAUUCAGAAAUAGGGUGAGAAGGUUUAAAAAUAUGGAAAAAAAUACAUGUAAAAGAUACAGAAAAACACAUAAAUGUUCAUCUUGAUCUUAUUUUAAUUCCUUUUGGUUCUCUGAUAUUAGAAUGUGCUAUGGUGACAUUCCAGUUCGGAGAAGGCACAUCAUACAAAUCCACCUAUUGCUUUGAUAACUGUUAGAAUUUUGUUUGGUUUGGUUUUUGAAUUUCUUGCUGAGCUAAUCCUUUUAUAUGAAACAGUCUCCCAGUCCUUCAGAGAAGAAAAACUAGUCCAUAUUACCCAACUUCAGUGUCAAAAAUAGAGGGUGCAAAUCUUUGAGAGCAGUCUGGGGAACGCUCCCAAACUCCUCCAAAGAUCAAGGAGGAGUUCUUUGGGUAAUUUAAUGUGAAACAAACGUAGGUUGGUCUCCAGGAGGCCUAGCUGGAAGGUGGGUAGCAUUUGUGCAUUUUGAGUAUCAUUAGAAUCCAAGUUUUGAAAAUUUCAGAUGAAGGAUCACAUGCUGCUUCGCUUUUUUUUCUUGUGAAGAAAGAUUGUUCCCCCGCUCUGUUGGAGGUGAUGACUACUGUACAGCAUCUCAGGAAGCACCAAGGUGAAGGGAGAGACUGCCCAGCUUCCGCACGCUAGCCAGCUUGCUCCCCGAAGUGAAGUCCCAGUCGAGCAGCAAAAUCCUGAUGCAAAAUGCAUUUGAUUACUGCUGGUAUGGGCAGGGGUAUAUUCUACUUGGGGUGAUCUGGAAGAAUUUAUGUGGAUUCAGUAUGUUCUCCAUCAAGAUGAUUCAGCCAGUCAUUUCUUCAGUGAAGAGUCUUCUUAAACUUCCUUUAAAGGCUCAUAGAAAACUGGAUCCCAAGCUUUUAAUCCUAAUAAGCAUAGUAGAAAUUAGCUUUCUAUGGGAAUGCUUUAUGUUUUCAUAGUUGACAGGCUCAUAUUCAAUCCUCAUGUGAACAAGAUAAAGGUAAACACGAUGACAAUAUACUGCUAGUCAGAGGACAUGUCGAUUACACCUAAAAUGGGUGGUUUCUCAUCAGUAAGUAUUAAUAAAAUAUGAGAUGCUUAAGAUAAAGUGUUGCUCUAUAAUAGUUUGCUUUUGAAGGAUGGAGUGGUAACUGUUUUUUUCCCAUCCUUCUAGCUUUUGAGAGAAGAAAAUAUGUUAAAUGAUCAUCUUGAAGGUACCUUUCUGAUCACACAUUGAUUGGAGUGCUUUUUUUGUGUCUAUGGGCUGAUGAUGAAAUUUGCAAAAUGAAGAUUCAUGACUGGCUCAUAGCUUCUCACCUAACUGGAUGUUGGAUCUUAAGUCCUGUGCCCUUGAAGCAAUUCUGCCACUUGAUAAAAUUCUCAAGGGCCCUGACAGGCCCCGUUAGCAGGACUGAUUCUGUUCCUAGAACUUACCUAGAAUUCAUUCUUCACUGGGAAGAAAAAUUACAAAAGCAUUUCCUUCCCGAUCGCACUCACCAGUCUGCACAAUGACGUGUAGUGAGUAGUACAAAGUCUGGCCAAAAGACUUGUAAAUAGUGUGAAGUGAUGUCUUAUGACCAAAUGGUGGAAUGUACAGGUAGAGAAGCUCUCUGAAGUUGUCAGAUUAGCUCGGCUCACAAGCCUGAGUUUCAAAGGGCGCCCGUCUCCCCUCCACACAUUAAUACCGUACAGUCCAAACUCCUAGGACUCAACGAACAUCCGAGCAGUUUUGUGCUUUGAGCCACUUUUUGACGAAAAUGGCUCCAUUUUUCCACUCUGUGGUUUUCUUAAACUAGUUCAGUGUUUUAUAGUCUCCUGGUAGUAAAGUAGUGUUGCUUUCUAAGCUACAACAAACGGUUGACUUUAUUCUUCUACUCUGAAAAAUCUUGACUUGUUUGAGUGUAUAUAGUAUAUAUAAAGGGAGCCUUAAUGGAUUUGUUUUCAUAAUUUAAUAUUUUUUGUAUUUGCUCUUGUACAAUUGUUUUUAAUGGAAAGUAUUACAGAAUUGAGGGUGGAAUUCUUAGAACCAAAGUUAUUCUUAAUAAAAAUCACCACACGCUUGGACCAUGAA